AAGACUGUUAACAGUUCCAGAGCUCGUGGGCUCCUGGGGGGCAGCGGUUGCCUCGUCACCAGGUCCAGGAGGCCAGCACUGGGUGCCUGACUGGGAGCCUUUAAGAGGCCGAAGCAGUAUGGAGAGCGAACAGAGAGUUUCCCGCAAAGGCCGCAAGCUGGGCUCCAGCCGCCGGCGGCAGAUGAGAGAAGCAGCCGAUAGCCUGGAUGCUGCUGCGGCCCCAGAGCCAGAGUCCUGGUCCUCCCAGGCAGCUGCCGAAUUGCAAGCCUUCUUCCAGGACUGUGGUGCCAAGGAGAGGGGCUUUGUCACCCGCGAGGACCUGGCGGUGGCCAAGUUCAGCUUCCUGAGUGGCGAGGAGGAGCUGGAGAUGAUCUUUGACUGGGUGGAUGUGGAGCAGAAGGGACGCCUCUCCCUUGAAGAAUUCAGCUCUGGGCUCAAGAACGUCUUCGGCUCCAGCACCCACGGGGUCCGCAGAAAGAGGCCAGUGCCCUCCGAGAGGGAAUCUGCAGCCGUCAGCCUCCCGGUGCUGGAGGAGGCUGACCCUGAGGAGAAGGAGGCGUUCUUCGCAUUCAUACAGCAGCUGGGGGCAGGCCACUUACUUCCCGAGCAGGCAGAGAUCUGGCAGCUGUGGGGGAAGCUGCGGCAGGAGGAGCCCCAGCUGGCAGGCAACCUGGAGGGCUUUCUGGCCAGGAUGACCAGCCGCCUGCAGGAGGCACAGGCCGACAAAGAGGCUUUGGAGCUGACCCUGCGGAAGCGGGACUCUGAUCACCUUCGAGAGGUGCAACAGCUCUAUGAGGAAAUGGAGCAGCAGAUCCUCCGGGAGAAGCAGCAGCUGCAGGCCGAGAGCGACUCCCGGGGCCUGGCCUUCAGCUCCCAGAUGCAGGAGGUCCUGGAGGCCAAGGAGCGUGAAUUUCAGCGGCUGACUGAGGGCCAGAGGGAGCUGGAGGCCCAGGUCCAGUUCCUCAGCAGCACACAUCAGGAGGCCAACGCGGAGAACCGGCAGCUUCGGGAGGCCGAGCGUGACCUGGCUGGGCGGCUGGAGGAGGCGCAGGAGCAACUGCAGGUGACCAGGGGGCGUCUGAAUGCCGCCAGGGGCCACGUGUCCUGGCAGACGGAGGAGGAACCAAGUGUCCCCAGGGCAGGUGAGGAGAAAGCUCCAGACACCAAGGCAGUCUCCUCAGAGGAGGCCCCCCUGCCUGGACUGUUUGGGGAUGAGGAUGACUGGGACCAGCUCCUGGACAGCUUCAACACCUCCUCGCGCAGAGCCCUGCAGCUCUCCUGGAGCCCACCCUCCACCCCGAGAGCCCCGGCAGGCCCCCAGACGCCCCGAGUAGUCAGGCAGAUCUCCAUCUCGGAGCUGCAUUCUUUGCCGAUUGGUCAGGGGCCACCUUCAGAUCUGGAUGGGGCUCCAAGGAGCCCCACGGGGGCACCCUCCAGGGCCACGGAGGGGAAAGGAGUGGACGUGGGUGGGCAGGACAUCAGUCCAGAGCAGCCUGUCCAGCCUCACAGCCUGGAACCUAAGGAGGAGUCAGGGCCCGGCCCCGAGGCCAUCUUCCACGGGAGUUCCCCAGGGGCCCCGAGUGAGGAGUCAGGGAGCCUAGUGGCAGCUGCACUCAAAAUGCUCAUUCCUUUGGAGGAUGCACCCCCUCCUCCGGUGACCUCCUCUCCUCCCCAGGCCCCAGCUGGGCCCAGCGAACAGCUCCAGGCCUCAUACUCAGAUGACGACAAGAGCCCAGAGCCCGGGCCUGUCCCAGUCAAGCCGCCCAGGCAGAGAGAGGCCCUCCUGCAACAGGACCCACACGCCACUGGCUCUGAGCCAGGACUGGGGUCCCCAGGAGCCGGAACCCCCACACUGGGGCUGGCUGAGCCCUCCCAGGAUCCAGAGCCUGUGGGUCGGGCUCCCACGGAGGGAUUGGAGCAGGGCCAGCUGGGCCCUGGUGCGCAGGAGGGCCAUCCUGGAGGGCCAAGAGAAGCUCACAGCCAGGUCCUCGGGCCAGAAGGCCUGCCCACCCUUUCCCGCAAGAGUCUAGAAGAAGAGCCCAAGGUCGAGGAAAGGAAACAGGUGGAUCAAGGAAGGCUAGACCUCAGUUCAGGGCAGUCCACUGAGGCUCAUGGCCUGAGAACGGGGCAUUCAGAAUACCCCCAGCAAGACGGCCUGCCUGCCCCUCGCCCGCAUGACGUACCGCAGGCUCAGGCUGAAGCAGGGGCCCCUGCUUCUAGAAAACAGUCACCUCCACUGGACUCUCCCCAUGAGGGGGCUCAGCGCGGGGAUGGAGCAGGGCCCCGGGAGCCCACACAGGACCUCCCCACCAUGGUUGAGCUGGAAACCCACCCCAUGCCCUCACCUACAGCUGCUCAUACAGAAGAACAAGGCUCCCUACGACCCAGGGAGCCAAGGGCAGAGAACAGGCCUGAAGACCCAGGAAGUGACUCCAAGGAGGCUGAGCUGACCCCAUCCUCAGGGUCCCUCACUGCCAACGAGCCUCCAGCCAACCCUGAUUACCUCUUUCACAUCGUCUUCCUGGGAGACUCAAACGUGGGCAAAACAUCCUUCCUACACCUGCUGCACAAAAACGCCUUCACCCCUGGGCUGGCAGCUACUGUGGGUGUGGAUUUUCGGGUCAAAACUCUGCUGGUGGACAACAAGCGCUUCGCGCUGCAGCUCUGGGACACGGCUGGCCAGGAGAGGUACCACAGCGUGACUCGGCAGCUACUCCGAAAGGCUGAUGGAGUGGUACUCAUGUACGACGUCACCUCCCAGGAGAGCUUUGCCCACGUGCGCCACUGGCUGGACUGUCUCCAGGACUCAGGGUCCGAUGGGGUGGUCGUGCUUCUCCUGGGAAACAAGAUGGACUGUGAGGAGAAACGGCAGGUGCCCACCGAGGCCGGGCAGCAGCUGGCCCAGGUCACUCAAGAUGCAGGAAGACCGUCUGAAGGACUCCCUGGUGGAGGUGGCCCCCAAGAGGCCAUCCAAGAGCUCUGUCUGCUGCUUCUGACCAUCUGGCCCAGCCAGGACAGGACGGCACCCCUCGGGUUUCCUGUUCCUCGGCUCCUGUCCCACCUGCCUGGACACAGCAAUGACAGAGACGGCCAGCUCGGAUGUUCAGGAAAACCCCUCCUCCGGUCAGGACUCGGAUCCCAGGGUAGGGCUGCACUAACGCUGCCCUUUGCACUCUGAAGAAGGACUUUGCUGAGGUGAUGGUGGUGAAAACUCUUUAAAGAAAGGAAGAGUCUAGAAAAAUGAAUGAAGGAAAGCACACCACAUUCUUGGGCACACAUCUCUGGGUGGUAAAAUUGCAGGGUGAAUGUGCGGAGGUGUUAUUUCGCUUUUUAUAUGUAUUUGUAUUUCCAGAUCUUCUGCAAUGAUUCGGUGUUCUUGAUAUAAUCAAAAUGAAAAAUAAACGCUAAGGAGAGGGAGAGAAACUUCCCUGGGAGCUUGCUUCGGGGCUGACUGCUAACGGACACAGCCUGUUAAUGACAAAAUACUCUUUAUUCAAGCAGUCCCCCUGUUUCGUGCCUGCCAAAGCUGGUGAACCUUGUCCCAUUCACCCCUGUUUGCAAGCAUGGAGUUCCUUCCGAGCAGAAUCCGAGUCUGGGGAAAGAGCAAUGUUCUGAUGGCCCCUGACAAGCCCUGUUCCUCCUGUCUCCUGUCCCCCCCUCCCCCACUUCCUUUCCCCCAGACCUGACUCUAAGGGGUCGCAUUCAAAGGUCACCUGCUCUAAUGCCAA